UUUAUCAGAUCGACAGCGACCCUGCGAGCAACAGCUUCCCCAGAUUGACACAGAAUGGAGAGAAGCUGACGCACGUUAUUUACCGGACCGUUAACUUCCCUCAUCUGGCAUUUUGCUUGUGCCACCGCAGAAUAAAUGAGGCGCUAAACGAAGCAAGACUAUCUUAAAGUUAAUUUGCAACACUUGGAACCAGUGGAGAGCCUAGGAUCUAUUCCUACUUUGUGUAAUUUCGUAGUUUUUGGACACGUUUACCGCGUUAUUACGCACGACGCGCAAAGGGAUGGCUCCUCUGCUAAAACACAGAUCGGGCGUGCAGCAAACUUUUUAUGUCUUUCUCUCUAUUUCGCUGGCUUGUUCUUACAAUAUUGACUUAGACCAUCCUUUGGUGUUUCACGGACCAAGUUCUAGUUUUUUUGGCUACUCUGUGUUGGAGCAUUUUCAUGACAACACACGCUGGCUAAUAGUGGGAGCACCGAAGGCAAACUCCACCUACAGCAGCUCGGUGCGCUCUCCCGGAGCUGUGUUUAAGUGUCGGGUUCACAGUAACCCUGAGAGGCGUUGCACAGAGAUGGACCUGGGAAGAGGAAACAAGCCCAGAGAGUCGUGCGGGAAGACGUGCCAAGGAGACAGGGAUGACGAGUGGAUGGGAGUCAGCCUGGCCCGCCAGGACCGAGCCAGCGGCAAAAUACUGGCUUGUGCUCACCGCUGGAAAAACGUCUACUACGACUCAGAGCACAUCCUUCCACACGGGUAUUGCUCCGUCAUCCCCCCGACGCUGCAGGGAAGAGCAAUGCCACUCAUCCCUUGUUAUGAAGACUAUAAGCAGAAGUAUGGGGAAGAGCACGGCUCGUGCCAAGCUGGGAUAGCGGGAGUUUUCACAGAGGAGCUGGUGGUGAUGGGUGCGCCGGGGUCGUACUACUGGACCGGGACGGUUAAGGUGUACAACGUGACGUCUGACACCUUCUACAGUCCGAACAAAGACAGCAUUGACUCACACCGAUACAGCUACCUUGGCUAUGCUGUGACUGCUGGGCACUUCUCCUCUCCUAAUGCGAUAGAUGUAGCUGCCGGGGCACCACAGCACAACGGCGUUGGAAAGGUUUACAUUUUCAAACUUGAAGCUGGGUCCUUGGUGAAGAGUUUUCAAGCCUCGGGGAAAAUGAUGGGCUCUUACUUUGGCUCCUCAUUGUGUGCAGUUGAUCUGAACCAGGACGGCCUGUCGGACCUGCUGGUGGGGGCACCCAUGCACAGCCAGCUCCGGGACGAGGGCCAGGUGUCUGUGUACCUCAGCAGGGGCAAUGGGGUGAUGGAGGAGAAUGCAGUUUUGACUGGCGACAGUGCUUUCAAUGCACACUUCGGAGAGGCCAUUGCAGCAAUUGGAGACAUUGAUGACGAUGGUUAUCAAGAUGUUGCCAUAGGAGCACCUAAAGAGGACGACUAUGGUGGAGCGGUGUAUAUCUACCACGGAGACGCCGCAGGAAUCACCAGAAAAUACUCAAUGAAACUAUCUGGGCGCAGCAUCAGCCCCGGGCUGCAGAUGUUCGGCCAGUCCAUCUCUGGUAAAGUGGACAUGGACGGGAAUGGAUAUGCAGAUGUCACCAUUGGAGCAUUUAUGGGAGACAGUGUGGUUCUGCUGAGGUCGCGCCCUGUCAUUACAGUGGACAUCUCCAUCUUCCUGCCCGUCUCCAUCAACAUCUCCGUGCCGCAGUGCCAUGAAGGUCACCAGAACCUGAACUGCUUCAACAUCACUGUCUGCAUGCACUUCAGGGGGAGAGAAGUGCCUGGAGAAAUAGAGUUGUUGUACAACCUGACUGCUGAUGUGGAUAAGCGACAAAAAAGCCAGCCUUCCAGGAUUUAUUUCACUCAAGCUGGAUCUCAGAUCAGCCAAAUGAACCAGCAGCUGAGUCUGGAAAUCAACAGAGAGAAGUGCCAGCGCUACACCGCCUACGUUAAGAAAGAAGUGAAGGACGUGUUUACAGCCAUCUCAUUCGAAGUGGCCUACAGCCUGGGGAAGCAUGUGAUGGCAGGACACCAGGACCGAGAUCUGCCUGCGCUCACACCAGUUCUGCGAUGGAGGAAAGGAAACAAAAUUGCUGUAAAGAAUGAGACCUGGUUUGAGAAGAACUGCCUGUCAGACGACUGCGCUGCAGACCUCAGGCUUCAUGGGAAGCUCCUGCUCUCCGGACUUCAUGUCAGACCGCAUUUGGCUCUUGGCGCAGUGCGUAACGUCUCCUUGAACGUGACAAUCUCCAACUCUGGAGACGAUGCCUACGACACCAACAUCUACUUCAACUUCUCCAGAGAAGUUUUCUACAUCAACUUCUGGCAGAAGGAAGAAAAGGGUAUUUCCUGCGGACUCGUCGAUUUGGACUUCCUUAAAUGUAGUGUGGGAUUUCCCUUCAUGAGAGCUCAAACAAAGUACCAUUUUGCAGUCAUUUUUGACACAAGUCAGGUUUCUGGGGAAAACGACACAUUGCAGUUCUUGGUUCAAGCAAAAAGCGCCAACCCGGAGCACAAAAUUUCCGACAACAGUUUAGACCUAUCCAUCCCUCUGAUCCACGAGACAGACACCACGAUUACUGGCGUGGUGACACCAGGCUCUUUCUCGUAUGGAAACUCCGUCGAUGCCUCUCGUUUCAUCCAGUUAGAAGACAUGAAAUGCAACUUUCAGCCUCUCAACCUGACCUUCCAGGCCAUAAACAAGGGGCCCAGCAGGCUGCCCGGCUCCACUGUGGACAUCAGGAUACCCAACCGACUUGCUGGCAACGGACCCGACAUGUUCCAUGUGGUGGAAACUCAAGUGUCAGAUGGUCGAGGGAACUGCACCCCCCACAGGAACCCGACGCCCUGCACCAUACCCCAGGACAAAGAAAACAUCUUCCACUCCAUAUUCUCCUUCUUCACCAAAUCUGGACGCAAAGUCUUGGAUUGUGAUCGGCCUGGAAGAGCAUGUAUGGUAAUCUCCUGCAGUCUGGGCCCACAGUUAAAAGAGGAAGCUCUGAACAUAGACAUAAAACUUUUGCUGAACACGGAAAUUUUAAAAAUAGAUAGUUCCUCUGUGAUCCAGUUUGUGACAAGAGGCAGCAUCCAAGUUAAUCACAGGGCAAUAGAGGUGCCAAAUGGGCUGCCAGAAGAUAUUUCACUGGUGUUCGAGGCUCUCCACAGUCAGGAGCCGAGGGGUUACGUCGUCGGCUGGAUCAUCGCCAUCAGCCUCCUGGUGGGAAUCCUCAUCUUUCUGCUGUUGGCUGUGCUACUCUGGAAGAUGGGUUUCUUCCGUCGACACUACAGAGAGAUCAUUGAAGCUGAAAAGAACCGGAAGGACAGUGAUGAAAGCUGGGACUGGAUGGACAAGGACCACUGAGACAUUCAACUGGGUCCCAAGCGGAGCCAGUGAGAUUAGGCUCAAGACGGAUCCAAUAGCACUGGGAGCGCAGCCGCCCCGGUGGCACCAGAUUCUUCAAAGUCUUUCAUAUGUGGAAGAGAAGAUUAUUCUCCAUAUUUUCUGGAGACUCUGUAUUAUUUGGGGUGUUGGUGGUGGGGUCCGGCGAAGGGGCUUCUGAGGUGAAUACGGGGCUCACAGGAGGAUACUUGCUGUGGAAAUCGGCUAUUCUGUGAUGAGGGAACUCCACCCCGGUGGAGCCGAGCUGUGGAUGUAGAGGGCAUGAAUACUAGUGGACAACAAAACCCUCAGGGCUGUGAUACAUAGCAAAUUUAUUUUUAUACAUACACUUUCAAGCCAUAUAAAAAAGGAAGGUUACUAAUGCCAUUAGAAACAUUCUGUAUUUGCAGUUUGUUCUUUUUUUUUCUUCCUAAAAGCACUGAUGUUUGAAGAGAAUGAAUGCAUUUUGCUCCAAAGCUUUUAAUUUCUAACCUGAGUGGAGUCGUCCGUAUUUUCAGCUCAUCCCUAAAAGUUUGUUCAGAUGACAUAUCUGAAGCAUUAUUGUCUAUUGUUUUUAUGAUUUGAUGCUCAAAUUUAAAAAAUCUUCAGUGUGUUGUAUCAGAAUUGCAAUAAAAAAAGAGGGAUAUUUGAUCAAGAAAUUAUACAAAAUCAUUAAGUUGUCAUCUAGACUAGACAUUUUCUGACAACCUUCACGAAGAGACUAAGCCAUGAAACUGCGAAAGAAAGUUUCAUGGAAGGAAAACAUGUGACAAAGAAUCAUGCACAAAUAACAGAAAUAAUCAUAGACUUAAGGGAUAUUCCAGUCAGUGUCACAAGAUCCUUUAUAUGACUUCCAUUUUUUAAUUGAAAUUACUGAAAUAAAUAAACUUCUUCCUGAUAUUCCAAUUAAUUGAGAUGCGCCUGUAUCUCUUUUGUACCUUUCUCUGUGUAAUUUUAUCACAUCUGACUCUACAUCCCUUUUAGAAAUAAUUCAAAAAAUGCCCUUUAAAGACGAUGGGAGCAUUGUUCAAUCUUAUGUCAUCAAGCACUGUAGAGUUAUCAGUUAUAACUUUAUUUCUUUAGUCUAUUUUCUUUUAUGUGUAAAAUACAAAAUAUUGUUCAAUCUUAGCAUUCAAAUUUCAAGCUUUUUCAGUGUGACCAGCCCUUUGCUCUUUCCUGACUUUUUGAAUUUUGACAUUUAAAAUGGAACCAAGCUGUAUCAAAAGUAUGCAUCAGAUUUUUCAGGUUCAUUUGCUUUUUUAAAACCUACUCUAGACUCCAUUUUUUAUUUUUAAAUGUUGGAUUUCUAGAGUCAAGUAGGAAAUUCCCAUUGAGGGAUAAAUCCGGAAAAAUUUUACACUAAGAGUUGUUUACAGGGCUUGACGGCAUGAAUAAUGUCCUAAAAAUAAAUGGAACUUGGCUGCACUCAGCAACUACACAUAAACAAGCUCUUUGGGGAUCAUGGGAAUAACUCAUCUAAAGAUAAAGGGAUCAAAAUGGUAGAUUAUCUUUUAUAUUCACAGAUUGAGAAUAAAAACUUUAAAUCAAGCUUUAAAAUCAGGACACUUAGUGAACCUAUUGCAACUGGCCCCACAUUCCCACUUUUAAAUUAUGACAAAUUAAAAGAAAAAUUACCGAACAGUAUGUUUUAGAUUUACAGUAAACGUGCAAUUCUUAAGAGCUCAAAUAUUUCCUAACCUGCUUAGAAUUAAACUUUAAGCCACUUUAUAGCUACUAAUGGCUGCUUCAGUCUUUUAUUGUGCAGAAUAUUUUGUCACUAUUGAAUUUCACUGGCAUCACAGCAGCAUGUACUGUACACCUUCACGUCCUUCCUCUGCACCAAAGUCAAAGAUGCUAAACUUCAUUUAUGAAUUCAUUUAGGAAACCAACACUUGACUUUUGUUUUGUUCUGUUUGUUUUUGUAAAAGUCUAACUGUGAUGAUUCAGUGUUGAAUGCCUUUGUUAAUCACACCAAUGUUUGGACUUUUGUUCUGAGUGUACUACUGUCAGUGAGUAUCAUUUCCAUUAUAGUGUGCUGUGCCUUUGAUGUUUAAAGUCAUGACUGAGCUGUAUAUUUAUCUGUUGAUAAAUUUCAGAUUGAAAUAUCCAAACUGUGCUUGUUUAGUUUUUUGGUUGAGUGUUUUGUCUUUCGUGGAGUUUUGCGCCACCUGCUGGGAGCAUCGCUGUUUUUAAAUUGACAAAAUGUUGAGGAAUGAAACAGUAUCGGCAUUUCAGAAUAUGAAAGGAUU